CAAUAAUACAAACAACAUCUUCACUCCAAUGUCCCUCCUCCAUUUUUGCUUCCUCGUAGCUCUGGCUCUGGCACUCCUGCCUACCAAGACCCUUGCCCAAAAUGGCACCGCUCCAUGCCCUCUCGACUUCAGCGUCCUCCGGGAGCUGAUCACCAACCGUCCCAGACUGGACGUGGUCACCAAGUGCCAGUUCCUCCGCCGAGGCCUCCAGGUCGUCCAGUCCUACUACCUCAAACACAAUGGCUCGUUCGUGCCCCCACUUAACUCGUCCGAGUCGUGCUGGUCCGAUUACCAGUCCCUCCUCGACGAUAUCGUCCCGGGCUUGAACACCCCAGACUCAUGCGGGUUCAAGACCGAGUGGAUCGCCGAGGGCUGCAUGAACAUCACCACCAGAGCACAGUUCGAAGCCAUAGUCCCCAACCAGACCCUCAACAACGUCGUCAACAACUGUAACCAGUCGCUCGAGAACAACUCCCCCUGCGCCUCCUGCACCACCAGCCUCUCCAGCAUAUUGGCCUCGUACCUCACCGGAGCCACCGUCGGAAACCUCUCCGACUGCACCUCCUACCCGUCGAUUUACGCCGCGGCUUUCGUGAACGUGUACGGACCCACCGACAAGGGAACUGCUCAGUGCCUCUUCGGGUUCAACUUCACGUCCUCGGGCUCGAAGAGUAAUUUGCGGACGGUGGUGAUCUUGGUGGUCUUGAUCGGCGUUGGGUGUUUGAUAUUGGUUGGAGGGGUUUGGUUUUUGUGGCUGCGCAUGACGAAGAAGAAGAGGAAGAGAGAACAGGGAAGGGAUUUGGCGGUAAUCGAGUUGGGAUCGAAUUCGAGGUUGGAGUCAAUCAGCGAGAGCACGACGCUGGUGAGGUUCAAAUUCGAUGAGAUUGAGAAAGCGACGAAGAAUUUCUGUAGGGAUUCUCUAAUUGGGAGGGGAGGGUAUGGGAAUGUGUACAAAGGGGUUUUGACAGAUGGGUCCGAGGUUGCGUUGAAGAGGUUUAAGAAUUGCUCUGCUGCCGGGGACGCGACAUUCGCGCAUGAGGUUGAGGUUAUUGCGAGCGUGCGGCAUGUCAACCUCGUCGCUCUAAGAGGGUACUGUACCGCCACGACGCCGUUCGAGGGUCACCAGAGAAUAAUCGUGUGUGAUUUGAUGAAGAAUGGGAGCCUCCAUGACCAUUUGUUUGGGUCUUUUGAGAAGAAGAUGAGUUGGCCACUUAGGCAGAAGAUAGCGUUGGGGACUGCCAGGGGAUUGGCUUAUUUACACUACGGGGCUCAACCGGGGAUUAUACACAGGGAUAUCAAAGCUAGUAAUAUCCUUUUAGAUGACAGCUUCGAGGCCAAGGUGGCGGAUUUCGGCCUUGCAAAGUUUACUCCGGAGGGAAUGACGCAUAUGAGUACAAGGGUGGCGGGGACGAUGGGAUAUGUGGCUCCUGAGUAUGCCUUGUAUGGUCAAUUGACUGAGAGGAGUGAUGUGUACAGUUUUGGGGUUGUGCUUCUUGAGCUUUUGAGUGGAAAGAAGGCACUCAUGGCGAGCAAUGACAGCCAACCCGCUCUGGUGACCGAUUGGGCAUGGUCAUUGGUGAGGAAAGGAAGAGCUUUGGAUGUUAUUGAAGAUGGGAUGCCGAAGUUAGGUGUGCCGGAAGUUGUAGAGAAGUAUGUUUUGGUUGCUGUUCUGUGUUCUCAUCCGCAGUUAUAUGCCAGGCCUACAAUGGAUCAGGUUGUGAAAAUGUUGGAAACAGACCUGUCUGUUCCCUCGAUCCCGGAACGACCAAUUUCUCUUUUAGCUGAUAUUCAUGAUAUUGAGAGAUCCGCCAGCAGUAGCGGCUCAGGUCAGCUCUCUAGCUCAACUGGGCCAACUGGCUAUCAGCCCUAUACAAAAACAACAGGAGGCAUAUACAAAAACUAGUUCACAUGAAUCACAUAUUAUAUUUAUGGCUAGAAAUCAAAUGAAGAAAGAGUUCAAACUUCACAAUCA